AUGAAAGUGCUUAACGUUGCCGAGAAGCCUUCAGUAGCUAAAGAAAUUGCUAACAUUUUGUCAUCAGGUCGAUUACAGCGCCGUGCCGGGUUAUCCAAGUACAAUGCAAUCUUUGAAUUUCCGUAUCAGAUUCAAGGACAACAAGUACAAAUGGUCGUAACGUCCGUAAUAGGUCACAUAAUGGAAUUAGAAUUUCAAGAUAGUUUUCGAAGUUGGAAUUCUUGUGAUCCUGUCGAACUUUUUACAGCACCAGUGAAUAAAAGGAUACGAAGCGAUGAAACUCAAAAGAAGAUUGAAAAGACACUUUUGAAAGAGACAAAACAGUGUAAGUGGCUUGUGUUGUGGCUGGAUUGUGAUCGAGAGGGUGAAAAUAUUGCUUACGAGGUAAAGAGCAUUUGUGAGAGAGCCAACAAAAAGUUACAAGUAUUUCGUGCUCGGUUCUCAGCGCUUAUUCCUCGUGAUAUUACUCAUGCAGUGCAAAAUUUGUCUGUACCGGAUGAGAAGCUCUCCUUGGCAGUCGAUGCUCGGUCCGAGAUUGAUUUAAGAAUUGGAGCCGCGUUUACAAGAUUCCAAACAAUGCGUAUCAAGGUCGAACGAUAUCUCACGAUUCAAAACUUUGACCGAGAAGAUUUUUACUACAUACAAGUCACACACAAGCAAAUGGAUCAACCUGAUGCACCUAUGACAACCUUUAAGUGGAAACGUGAACAUCUUUUUGACCGUAUGGCGUGUUUAUGUAUUUAUGAAUGUCUGUUGGAGAGCCAAACGGCACGAAUUGAAUCUGUUGACAAGCGACCAAGCUUCAAGAGAAAGCCAUUACCGCUCACAACAGUGGAGCUGCAAAAACGAGCUUCACGAUGGUUACGGAUCUCAUCAGAGGCCACGAUGAAAGCUGCUGAAAGCUUGUACAAUAAAGGCUUGAUUAGCUAUCCCCGUACCGAAACUAGUAAAUUUAAAGAAGGUACAGACUUGAUGGGUUUGAUAAAACUUCAUGAAAAUCAUCAUCAAUGGGGAAAUUACGUGAGACUAGCGCUGCUGAAUGGUGAAAAAUUUGAAGCUCCGCGUCAUGGAAAUUCCGAUGAUCAAGCUCAUCCACCUAUUCAUCCAACCAAGUGUGUUGAACUCAACUCAUUGUCAGAUUCCAACGAAAAAAAGGUGUACGAAUUUGUCACUCUCCAUUUCUUAGCAUGUUGUAGUCGUGAUGCAAAGGGAAGUCAGACACAUGUUGUUAUGAAAAUCUUAGAAGAAAGUUUUACAGCUUCUGGAUUGAUGGUGGAGGAAAGAAACUACUUGGAGAUCUACAAGUAUGAAAAGUGGAAUGCUUCCGCUAUACCUGUGUAUCAACGGGGUAAUGUGUUUCGUCCGUCAACAAUUGUGAUGGUACCAGGAGAGACAAACCCACCACCACUUCUAUCGGAAGCUGAUUUGAUUGCAAAGAUGGAUUCAAAUGGCAUAGGGACAGAUGCUACGAUUGCUGAGCAUAUCAAGACCAUUUUAAAGCGAGAGUAUGCAAUCAAAGUGAAUAAUAACACGCAAUUUAAACCUACAACACUCGGGUUGGCACUCGUUCUAUCAUAUGAACACAUGGGUCUUGAGCUGGCCAAACCAGUUCUUCGCGCUACGAUGGAAAAGGACUGUAAAGCCAUUUCGUUGGGACAAAAAGCCCUUCGGGAGGUCGUCGAUUCGUGCAUGAAGGAGAUGAAAACCAUUUUUGUAGAGGUUACACGUAGUGCUACUGUGCUUGACCAGACUUUUUCGGACCACUUUGGCCAAUCGAUUCAUAGCACUUCUGAGUCUCGAUUGUCAUCAAACGGUGAAACGAGAGGUGAUAGGGAAUCUCAACAUAGAAUUUCCCACAGCCCAAACUCUGGUAGGGUUGAGAAUGGUGGAAUUGUGAACAGCACAAUUGCUGGUAAUCUAAAUCAAGAUCAACAGCGGAGAUUUCAAUCACAGACUGCAGACUCAACACAUGACGAUAGUCAAUCGUAUCAUGAUCUGAGUUUGGCAUCAGAUGUACCUCGGUGUGAAGACCACAAUUUGCCUUGUGUGAAAAGAGAAGUGACUCGUGACGGUCCAAAUACUGGACGACUAUUCUACGUCUGCCAGCUGCCUCAAGGUGAACAGUGCAAAUUUUUCGCUUGGGUCUCAGACUCGAACGUCGUUUUUACUUGCUCUGGUCACAAUGAACCUUGUGUCGAAAGAACAGUCAAGAAGGACGGACCGAACAAAGGACGGCAAUUUUGGACUUGCAGACGAAGUCAAUCCGACAACCGUUGCGAUUAUUUUUUGUGGAAGGAUGAAGCUCCUGAUGCAUCCGUCACUUCAUCUACUCAAGUACUCACUCUUGCCUCAAAUGUGCCCAAGUGUUCGAAACAUGGUGUUGCUUGUGUCGGAGCACAGAGCUGUGGUUUUGCUGGGUGGAAGGAUGAGAUUGAAUCUCUUUCUCGUCAAUCAACAUCUUCCUCUUUUCCCCCUUCAACAGAUAACAACACGAACAAUGAAACAUUGUGUAAGUGUGGACUGUCACUGCGAUUUUUUUAA